AUGUCGGAAAUUGAUUGGAACGCUAAGAACACCCGGAUUGUGUGUAAAUUGUUUGCCGAACAAGUUGAGAAAGGAAAUCGACCAAGCACUUACCUGAAUGCACUUGGUUAUGCUGAGGUUGAGAAAGGGUUCAAAGAUAGGACAUGGCUUGAGAUCAGCAAGGGUCAACUGAAAAACAAGUGGGACAAGUUAAAAGAAGAUUUCAGGGCAUGGAAGAAACUCCAGAUGAGGGAAACUGGAACCGGUUGGGAUCCUGUAAAGAGGACAUUUGAUAUGGAUGAUGAAUGGUGGAAGGAAGCUAGAGCUGAUAUUCCUGGAUGUGGAAAGUUCAGGAAGCAACCCCUUCGAAAUGAAGAAGAAUUGGCAAGGUGUUUUGUGGGCAUCACUAAUAUUGGUAUUGACCAUUGGUCUCCUCAGGGAGGUAAUGGCGUAGCACCUCCAAUUGAUGGUGAAACACAAGAGGAGGUAGGGAUUUUUGGGACACAAGAUGAUGCAUUUGUUGCUGAAAAUCAAGAAGAAGAGAAUGUUAUUUCUCCUUCACCUGCUACUGGCAAGAGGUUAGCAAGACAUUUUCCAAGAAAAGACAAAGAAAAGAAGCAAAAGACAGGAAAUGCAAUCCUCAUUCAAGAAGCAGUUACAAGUAUGGCUAGCUCAGCUAAUGAGUAUGUUUCCAAGAGAGAGGGAAAAUAUUCAAUUGACCAAGUGAUGGAACUUGUGAUUGCUUGUGGUGCCGGCUAUGGGAGCAAUGAGCAUUAUGUUGCAUCUGAAUUGUUUGUGAAGAAGGAGCAACGAGAGAUGUUUAUGACCUUGCCUACUGACGAGAUACGGUUCAAUUGGUUGACCAGGAAAUACAAUGACAAGUAUCAAAAGUAGAAUUGAA